AUGCCAGAUUUCCAGGUUAGUAAAUUAAAAGGCUUGUUUUGCCUACCACCUACAUUGCAUCAAUUGCUAACACUGGCUUUAAAAAACUGUGUAAAAAGUUUUGAUUUAAUAAAAGUUAUUGGUCCAGAUCAAUUUUCAAAAUGUUCAGUAAAUGCAUUCAAAAAUAAUAACUUCUUCAAUUGGACAACAAGGAGUUCUAAAAAUUUAACUCACGAAAAAUGUGCAAGAUUCGCAGAUGAGUUUAUUAAACUUUCAUCGAUACGCUAUAAACMGGAAAAACUCUACACAAAACAAUGCCCARAUUUUAAACCUGUCUGUGAACGUUGUCAGAGUUCCGACUUAACACCGAAGUGUCCUUACAUGAGUAAUGAUCAACAAUCUACAAGUUAA